AUGGAAGUUGCGCCAUCAUCUUUUGGUACUCAUCUUUGGGCUUUUUGUCCGUCGCUAGCUACUUUGGCUCCGGUAUUCUUUUGGAAAGAUUAUUUUUUUAUCUACAAUCACCGUCUCCUCUUUGUUAUUGGCUUGGUGUUUAGUCGUUCCUUGACAAACGUUUCGAUUGUGAGUGUAAUAGCAUGGUAUUUUACGGUCAGUGGAGAUGAUGUUUUGAAGUCUGCAAUAUCAACCAACGCACAUGGUUUUUUAUCAUCAGUUUUUGUUAUAUUUAUGGCUUAUGCCGCUGACUCGUUUGUUGGGAGAUCAAAAACACUCUUGUGUUCAAACAUUGCAUAUGUCAUAGCUUUGGUUCUUUUCUGGAAGUUUGAUGCAUAUGAUGUGAAUUGGCUUCUUCUUAUCACACUAGUUCUUUUAGCUCUUGGAACAUCUACAGACAAGAUUUUAGAAGAUGCACUUCAAGACAUGGUAAAUGACAUUGAUAAGUCACCAGAUCGCAAUAUAACACGAUCUAUUGCACGUGCAACAAUUUGGUCACGUGUAGCAUACGUGUCUGGUGCCAUGUUAGCUAUAUCGCUAUGGUUUGUCCCCGAUACUAUUGGAGAGCUUGAUUCAUCGUGGGGAAGCGCAUUCUUCAUUUGCCUAAUCGCGCUGACUUUGGCUGUGAUUAUAUCCGGAUUUGGUCAUAUUGUUUAUCAUCAGGGUUUUGGAGUGCUUCAAAUGUGUUUUAAGAAGCUACUCGAGUACAUAUUCGGGUGUUUAAAGAUUUUCUCGAGAAAAGACAGACCUCCCAAGAAUUUGGAUAUGGAAAACGGAGAAAACGAAUGGAUUAAACCGGAAAACUCACUACAUUACAUGGAAGAAGAAGAAGAAGAAGAAAAGAAUAGUUUUGAUGAACAAGAAGAUAAGGUAGUUCUAAAGAGCCUUUUAAAAAUGCUUCCUAUUUGGCUAGUGUUUUCUGUGGUGUCCAUAAUAUCAGCAACUGGGGACACAUUCUUUUUACAACAAUACAGCCACGUAGACACCGACUACGUGGCAGUACAAUUCUACAGCUUGGUUCAAGAUUUUUCAAAGUUUGCUAUCCCAUUUUUAUAUCGGCGGAUAUGUUGUUUACCAAAGCAUGAGAAGGUCAAAAUCGGCGUAGGGAUGCUUUGUGGAGUCGUAAGUUGUAUUUUUGCGUGGUUGCUCGUGGUUUAUGAAGGGUAUAUAAAUACUUCUUUUGUUUGGCUAGUACCACAGUUCUUUAUGCUUGGGUGCAUGGAAGGACUUACCGAGGAAGGGCUACUAAAGUUGUACAAGUCACGAAUAAAAGAAGAGCAAUUACAGCGUUAUCCGAAGGAAUAUAUCGAGUUUUGGAAGGGGAUAGGAAAGUUGCUAAACGUUUUUCUUGCCUUAAUACUUCAAGGAUGGUUCGGCGACACAGUUCAUGACAGUCGGCUAGACAAGUAUUAUGUGGUUUUGGUAUGUGUUGGCUUAGCAAACUUCAUAAUCUAUUGUUUCAUUGCUAGUUUAUUUUACAAGGACAAAGUGUUGGCACACGAUGAUGAUGACAACGAUGAGUAG